AUGAGCAAUGUACUUUUACUUUAUGCGAUUUAUGUAUUGGCAAAUAUGCUUGAAUAUUUUAUGAAUUUUAUUGUUUUAUUCACAUAUUCGGAUCCAUGUGAAUGUUUAAUUCCAGUUUGGUUAGUUUAUUUGAUUAGGAUGCCAUUCAUUAUUUACGUUAACGGCUCUCCUUUAUUUCAUUUUGCUAUAAUGAUUGAAAGAGUUUUGGCUACAGUUUAUGUUAAUAUUUAUGAAAAUCAGGGGAAAUUGUUUGGAGUUAUUAGCACAAUUAUUGCGUGGGCUUUGGUUUUUACACAUUGUCUUUACAGUUAUAUUACAACACAAAUGGAUACCGACACAUUUGGUCAUCCAAUGGUUUAUCUAACACUGACUACUAAGUAUAAUUCUCAAACGCUUAUAUUCGCUAACUUCUUUUACUUGUUUUUGGUAAUAUGUGUAGCUAUUGCUGAUUAUUAUUUAAUUGUUCGGAAUAAAAAAAUCAAAUCAAAUUUGUAA